AUUAAAUUAAAUGAGUCGGAUAUUCACAUGGUAAGAAGUUGGUCAAAAUGCUCAAAAUGGAUGGAUUGUUAUUAAUGAUUCAGUCUAUGAUUCAUAAGGAUUUUUAGAUUCUCAUCCUGGGGGUCCAGCUGUCAUUAUAAAUAAGGCUGGUAAAGAUGUUACUAGAUUCUUUAAAGAUAUUGGUACUUCAUUAUAUUCAUAAUUAAGGUCAUUCUAAUAAAGCACAUGAUAUUUUAAAAUCUUUAAAAAUUGGAGAAAUUGAUAAAAAUUCAAAACCUGACAUAUGGUAAGUAGAUUAAAAUCAAAAACUUGUAGCAAUUACUUGAAAAAAUGAAUUUUGUAC